UGAACAAUAUGGGAAGUACACAUUAUAUUUUAGCCUAUCUAGAUUUUUGUUAGGGAGAUAAACAAUAUGAUUCGAAUUGCUAAGACAAUACACAUGUUUAUGAGGCUACCAUAAAUUCAUCCACUAUAACAAUCAUACAUGGAAACAUUCUCUAGAAUAAUUUAAGAGGAAUACGUAAAUAAUUGAAUUCUAUCCUAGUGAAUGCAUAAUUAGAUCCCAAUUCUUUCACAUUAAUGUAAUUACCAGAAAUGCAACGUGAAUUUCGUAAUCUAUCUUAAAUACUUAGUAAAAUAAAAAAUACCAAUUAUCUAACGAUUACCACCUGGAGCAUGUUAAUCUGAAUUUAUUAUUAACCUAAAAAUUAACUAUUAAGAUACUAGAAAGGAAAUAAUUGAAGCUUAUGAAUAAGGGUACAUUUAUUAUAUUUAAAUUAGUUUUGAACUUAUGUUUUAACAUGAAUUAGAAAAUGUUGGAUAUAGAGAAGGCAAAGAUAAAUUUAAAGAUAAGUCUGAAUAAUUUCAUAAUUCAGAAUGUUUAUUAGAAGCUAUCUUUAAUCGAAUUAAAUAAAAUAAAAUGAUUAAGACAUUUCAAAUUUUCAGUGUUGAUAUGUAGAUCUGCUAAUAAUACAAAAAUGAAUUAAAAAAACAAUAACAUAAAUAUUUAUCAAAAAAGAAUUUUGAAAGAUGUUCAACAUAAGAAUAAUUAAAUGAAUCAUAUACUGAAAGAUUUCUUACAGCUAAUUCUUGUGAUUAAGCAGAUUUUGUUAAUAAACAAUACAUCAAAUAACAACUCAAAAGAUCUUUUCCUAAUACUUAAUAAAAAGAUUAAUGA